CAUCAUAUCACAUAUCACAUAGUUUCAACCAUGGACCCCCAGCUAAAUCCCAACUUUCUUCCCUGGAAAGCACCUCCGGGAGCCAAAUGCAAAAAAAUCGACUUCGCAACCUCCGACCCACCACUACCCGAAUUUAAGAACCGCUUCGCAGUAGUAAUCGACAAUAUACUCACAGAAGAAGAAUGCGACGAACUAAUCCGUCUCGCGGAAGCCUCAACUCUAACUCCCCAGUCCACAACACCGGUCUGGGAGCGCGCCAUGAUCAACGUCGGUGGCGGGCGACAAAGACUCGCAACAGACACCCGUAAUUGUGGCCGUAUUAUCUGGGAUUCACCCGAGUUAGCCGACAAGCUACUAAAUCGAUUAAUGCCCUUUCUCAAGGAGCUUGAGAUCGAUCGACUAGAGAACCGGCCCCUUGUUACCGGGCUCGCGGGUCGGAAUAAGACCUACGGGUUGACGAGACUGAAUGAACGACUCCGGUUCCUCAAGUAUGAAGGCGGGGAGUACUUCAAGCCGCACUGGGAUGCGUUCUAUACCACCCCUGACCGGAAGGAGAAGUCGUAUUAUACCGUUCAUUUGUAUCUGAAUGGGGAUGGGGAGCAGGAUCUUAAGGAGCUGAUGCGCGAGCAGAUCAGGGUGGAGGAGAAAGGGGAUGUUAACUUGGAUGUUGGGGGCAAGUUGCUUGGUGGUGCUACGUCUUUUCUUCCGAGGUAUGAGGAGAAGGAGAGGCAGUUGAGGGUUUUUCCUAAGACGGGUUCGGUGCUUGUGUUCCAACAGAAUGAUUUGCUCCAUGGUGGAGAUUCGGUGUUUCGGGGGACGAAGUAUACUCUGCGGACAGAUAUUAUGUAUCAGCAGUUGUGAAGAUGACUAUCUUUUAUCGAAUAGAGGUAUCAAGGGCUGCUGAUGGACCUUGACGAGAACGGGCAGAAGAACUACCAUCAUGCAGGCUAAGGUGAAUGACUUGUCAUGGGAUAAUACCAUAUUCACAUCUAACUUAUUCCAAGUGCGUAUUUUCAGAACUUCAGAGCUUACAUUGGAUCUUUGAUGUUCUAUUGAGGUUAGUGUAGUUGAGAAGGUGCAGUAUAGUUUUGAUCAAGGUCUGGACUUUGUCAACGCAAUAUGCAUACCAUGACAUAUAGUACGGGGAUCAAAUUAAGGAGUAAUAAUAAGCGGCAUAUAUUCGAAAGCUUCCAGGACCAAUCUCUGCG